GGCCGCUGCCUCAGAAGCCGGAAGACACAGUUGUGGGAGGCUGUGGUCGCACUGGUCGGAGUAAUGAGACUAGAAGAGUGGCUUGUGAUGUUAGUCAUAGCGAAGAUCCGAGGAGGAUGAGGAGAGAAAGACAUGGCGCGGCCGCCCAUCACCCUCCUGCUGCCUGUUAUCUGCAUGGUCGUUAUGGCAUCUGGGGAAGAAGAUCCGGGAACAAUCACCAUUCGCAUCACAAAAUCUGUUGACGGCUUUUCAGCAACGUGGUCCUGGGAUGACCAUUGUCUGGAAGAGGACGACGUCGCCUUUACAGCUGUUUAUAAGAAGGUGGGAGCGCCAGACAACGAAUCACAGGAAUGUGUGAUCACUGAAGAUUGCUUCUGCAAGAUCCCCCCCGAUCUACUUGAUUACAGUCAUAAUUAUACUCUACUGAUCUCGGCUACAGCACCUGGAGAAAACCUGACUAACUCAAAAGACUUUGAUCCCAACUGUAGAAUGGAACCUCCACCUGAAAUCCAUGUGAAAUCCAUGGAUGCGUUGGUUAUUCUAUAUAUUUCAACCCCAGGUAAUCUAGGUGAAGAAGAAUAUAACUUAAGUCUCAGAAGAAAUGAUUCCACUGAGGAGAAAUCUGAAUCCAUCAGAGUGCGCAAUUAUAUAAUUCCACCCAAUGCCCUCUCUCCGGGGCAAGUGUAUUGCCUGAAGGUUAAUGUAUAUAACAUUUUGACAAUGGCCUUUAGUCCAUUCAGCCCAGAAGAAUGCUUCACGGCGCCUGCUAAAGCACCGCCGAAUAAUCUGAGGAUGGAAGCGCUGGACUCAAGAUACCUGCUGAAGUGGGACUGGGAUUUUGAUCAAUCUCCGAAUGUCACGUUUUCUGUGGAAAAGUGCCAUAACUAUGAUGGCCGCUGCACUAAAGUAAAGGGAUGUGAAAAUAUAACCGCUACCCGGUGUCGCACAGCAUUGCCUUUUAAAGGAGACCAUAUCCUCCGCGCUUCUGUCUAUGACAGCCAAAGAGGAGAAAAAAGCUCAAGCGUUAUACAGUUCUCUCCAUACUAUGAUACGCAUAUCGGGCCGCCCAAAAAUGUGACCAUGCGUAUUGUAAACAAGGAACUGUUCAUUGAUGUGAGUGCGCCCGAAGGAUUCAAAGAUGAAGAUAUAGAUGGUCUCUGCGGCUGGCUGACCCACCUGGAAUAUUGGACCAAUUCAACCCACAAUUCGGAGGUAACAGUUAAAGAAGAGAAGCGGCCAUUUUUUAAGAUCGAGUCCCUGGAAGAGUCAACCACUUACUGUGCAAAGGCAAAGAUGAAGUGCGAAGACCGUGACAGGAGCAGCCUGUACAGCCAGGUUUAUUGCAUCACAACAGAUCCCAAGUCCUAUCUGUUCGCAUGGAUAAUCGGAUGCACCAUUGUGGGAAUCGUCCUAAUAUCAUUCGGUCUCUACAUCUGCUUUUGUCCCUUAAAACGUUGUAUAAAGCAUACGUUCUUCCCAUCCAACAGACUGCCAUCAAGCAUUGAGAAGGGUUUUGGAGAGUUGCCAUUGGAUUGUAUCAAGCAUCCAUUUUUACUACAUGAAGAAGAGACCAUGGACCAGUGCUACAUUGUCCAGAACUCCCAUACAGAAUGUUUGGUGCAGGAUAACUCCUCUCAGGACAACAGCCAGGAGUCUGGAAACUAUUCAGACACGGGUCAAACCACAGGGGAGGCUGGAACGUGUGCCCAGUGAUCCUUGGGUAUUGGGCAAGUUAUAGCCAUGGUUGGAGACUGGAGAGUUGUCCUGCUUUUUCUAGAGGCGAUGAUGGAGGAGGUCCAUGACAAUUUUGCCACCCAGGACAGAAGAGCUCCUUCACGCCCUAACCAUGAUUCUGUGGCCCAUUUCCCACCUCCUUGUUGAUAACCAUGCAGAUCCUCUGGAGAGGGGAGAGUCGCACAGGUUAUCGAUACCCAGUGGUAGACAUGAUGGAAAUGACUAGGGCUGUGCCAUGGGCCCUGUAGCAUCCUCGUGGUCUACCUCUGUGGUACUUGGAUACAAACACAUUGACUUUCGGGGCACAAACUUUUCUUGGUGUUACCAUGUAGUGACAAAUGUAUCACCACCUCACCUUGCUAUCGGGUGCACCGAUUUGUCUGCAACACAAAGUAGAAGAAAGAAGGGUGAAUGGCCAGCUUACACGUCUUAAAAUCAAAUUUAGACUUUAUUAGAAGGUACCAAUGCUUGCGCGUUUCGACUGAGCACAGCAGUCUCCGUCAUAGCAGGUAGUGAGGUAUGGAAACCUUUGUACACAUGACUGUCAUCUCAUGCCAGUUAUAUACACAGGCCACCGAUCACCCUUACAUACAAGAUCGGUGAGUCCUCUUCUACACUGGACAGUGUCUAAAUACUCCCAACAUUUACUACUGGCGGAGGGAUAAGCAGGCAAGUCAUUGGCGGAACAACCCCCAGUAAAUUCAUGUGGGCCACGCCGAUUGUUUUCCUUUACUUUUUAUCAUUGUAUAAAUUUUUUUAACCCCUUAGUGACCACCCAUACGCUUUUUUUUUUACAGCGGUCACUAAGGGGCCUUGGGCCGUUUUUUGAUGGCGGUCCAGUCUAAUUGCUGCAAGGGUCCCCCGUAUAGGAGUGUCGAUCUGGGCUGUUUAACACAUGCCGCGGGAGAGUGGACUCCCAUCGGCACCCCGCAAAUAUGAUCGCGGGGUGCCGAUGUGUGUGUGAAGGCUGGCAGGGGUCUGAUGUAGGCCCCAGACCAGCCUUCAGUAAUUUCCAGCAGGCUGCACAUUUCU